AANGUCGCAAUCUCCUACGCCGAUGCUACCUCAAUCGAAGGCAACUUAGCUCACGACACGUUCGUAAUCGGGUCUGUGACCCGACCCCGUACUUUGUUCGGUUGUAUGGACUCAGGUUUAAGCUCCGAUUCGGAAGAGGACGCCAAAUCGACCGGUUUAAUGGGUAUGAACCGGGGCUCCUUAUCGUUUGUUAACCAGCUCGGUUUCUCCAAAUUCUCGUACUGCAUCUCCGGUUCAGAUUCCUCCGGUAUAUUGCUUCUCGGUGACGGAUCCUACUCCUGGCUCGGUCCAAUCCAAUACACUCCUUUGGUACUCCAAACGACGCCGUUGCCGUAUUUCGACCGGGUUGCUUACACGGUUCAAUUAGAAGGAAUCCGGGUCGGGACAAAGAUACUCUCUUUGCCGAAAUCCGUAUUCGUACCGGACCAUACCGGAGCCGGUCAGACGAUGGUGGAUUCUGGAACACAGUUUACGUUUUUAAUGGGUCCGGUUUACACGGCUUUAAAAACCGAGUUUAUCUCGCAAACCAAAUCGGUACUCAAACUGGUGGACGACCCGAAUUUUGUGUUCCAAGGGACCAUGGACCUCUGUUUCCGGGUUGGGUCGUUGACACGGCCCAAUUUCUCGGGUUUACCAGUGGUUAGCUUAAUGUUCCGUGGCGCGGAAAUGAGUGUAUCGGGUCAGAAACUGUUGUACCGGGUAAACGGAGCCGGAUCAGCGGGAAAAGAUGAGGUGUAUUGCUUCACAUUUGGAAACUCCGAUCUUUUGGGAAUAGAAGCAUUUGUUAUAGGUCACCAUCAUCAACAGAACGUGUGGAUGGAGUUUGAUCUUGCCAAGUCAAGAGUUGGAUUUGCUGGUAACGUUAGAUGUGAUCUAGCUAGUCAACGGCUCGGAUUAAGAGAGUGAUAGGACUUUGAUGUUGUGGGGAAUUGUUUUUAGACCAUAUAUGUAUGUAUACAUUUAUAUAUUUUUCAGAGGAUUACAGCUUUAUACGAUGUGAUGUCGUUCGUCGUACGUAAGAGUUUGGGAAAUUUUGUAAGAAUGUGGAUUAUAGGAAAUCUUCUUUUUGUUUUAGUC